AUGGUCUUUUUGAUGAAAGUUGCGUUAAAUUUUAGAAGUCGUGAAACGUUAUUCAUUUUUCUUCAAGUUUCCAAAAUCUGUUUAUCUGCUUUGUGUUCAUUAAAAGUGAAUCCAGUUUUUAUUACAGAGUCUACUGUUAUCUGGUUUUACAAGCACUUUUCACCAGAUACAAUUGACUUUGGGUUUUAUGGAUUUACUUUAAUGGAUCUUUUUACACUCCCAAAGCAACUUCGCAAUGUCGACUUUACAGAGGCAUUCAAAAAAGGAUUAAUAACAAUCGAAUUUGUUCAAAAUAUAUUCCCGAAAGUGACUCGAAUGUCUUUGUUAUCUUUGGAAACUGAAGAUAACGACUAUAACGCAUGUUUGGAAUGUGCCAAAUUAAUAACAAAACACACAAAAUAUUUGACUUCUUUAAAUUGUCUGCGUGUAGAUUUGAACUUCUUUAUUGACUUUAUCAGUGACUACACUGAAAAUGGAAAAGAGAAGUAUUUACACCUUCCCGAAAUAAUUAUUAUCUUUUCGGAUGAUGGAAAACCAAUUGAAAUGAACACAACAUUUUUCAAUAAAUUAAAGUGGCUAGAACAGGCACUUCCCGAUAACAAAAGAAGCACUGUGUACAUCAAAAUCAAGUAUCACCCAGAGGAUAAAAAUGUCCUUAGUAUGUUUAAGAAAACAACAUAUAUAUACGAUACUUGUGUUUCAAAUAUGUGUGAAACACUCAGUGAACGAGUUUUCUGUGAAAAUGGAAUGAUUGAGAUAGAGGGUUCUACAAUCAGUCCAAUUAUCAAUACAAUCAUUAAAAACUCGUAUUCCACAUCUGUCGAAUUCAAAUAUUCCAAUGAAGAAAUGAAGACAAAAUGGGUUGUUCUUGAAAGUGUCUCACAUCUAAUUUUGCUUUCCAAAAACAAUGACGUAGAUGGUGAUAAUGUUGAUACACGUGUUCUUAACAUCGACUUCUCUUUCAUUAAAACUUUCAAAAUUAUAUCUUUUAUUGAAGUCAAAUUUGACAACGAAUUUCUUUGUUUGGAAAGCCUCUCUGUGACAAAUGCCGUUGCAAUUAAAUUCACAGAGAAGUGCAAAAUGAAUAACCUUUCUGAAAUUGAGUUGUGGAAUGUAGAUGAAACCAGUUUUUCUUGUAAACUUGACAAAUUGAAAACACUUUUUGUUUUCAAAGGAUAUCAAAUCACAUUCAAAGAAAAACUUGAUAAUCUCAAAAGACUUACUGUGAUCGAAUCAGACUACGUGUCACUGCCAGAAAUCAACUUUGAAAACAAAGUUGUCCAUUUAAGUCAUUCUGCGGCAAUAACUUUUAACGUAAUUGAUUCAGUUGAGUACCUUCAAAAAUAUGCCGAUAAAAAGGAUACAAAGAAACUCGUUGAAAGUGCCAAUUUUGUCUUUGAAUUUCCACUUCCAACAAAAGAAGAAAACGAGUGGAAGAUGUCCAAAUUUGUUUCAAUGAGUCCGCGUGUUGAAGUAAUUGGUGAUGAAAUUAUAAGAAACAAAGGAAUAGAAGAAGACAUGUACGACAUGGUUGUUUCAUAUCAAUUUCUUGAUGAGAUUAACAGUUAUGACAAAAUGCAAUUUAUCAAUAACAACAAUGUGAAAGAGACAAUUCAAAAUGUCAGAUAUUUUGAAGUUGAAGUGACUGGAAAUAGCCUUAUAGCUAUUGGCAUUAUGAAUGUUUCAAAAGAUACCGGAUAUCAGAACACUAUGGUUGGCUGGCAGCAAAGGAGUUGUGGAUAUCACAGCGACGAUGGAAGUAUAUACAAGGAAGAUAUUAACAAUGUAUAUGAUACUAAUAUACGAUAUGGUGAAAAAACAGGGACAUGCAAUGUUGUUGGUGUUGGGUUAGUUUUUAAUGUAUUACAAACAGAGUGUGACAUCUUCUUUACUUGUAAUGGGAAAAUAGUGUUUCAAAACAAGUUUGAUGCGGACAGUAUUGCCGCUGUUGUUUCAAUGAACAUUUUCAAUAAAAUAGUUAUUAACUACGGAGAGAAACAGUUUAAAUUUGAUUUAAAUAUAAUGAAAGAGCAAUUAUCCAAUUGUGUUGAUGACAAAUAA